GCACUCGACACUCUUUUGUGUCGUAAGUUCCAAUGACUAUUAAUUCAAGUACCGUGUAACAGGUACUUGAACCGAGCUAAGUGAAAAUUACCUUCCAAUUUUUGAUCGGCUACGAUUACUAUCUGUGGACUUUUUUUUCAUCAUCAAUCGGCCACGCCGUUGACAUUUCGAGAGGAUCACACAAGACGGCUAGGCUAGUAUUCUUUGUAACGACAGUAUUAUGUAACUGGCUGCUGAAUUGACAUUUGAACGCCCCUUCAGCUAAACUUCAAGAUCGAAUCGAGUUGGGAGUAUAAAAAGGACGUCGCAGCUUCCCAAAAUAUCAGUCUUUGCUUCAGCAGAGGAUACUCAGAACUAAACCACCGUCAUGAAAACUGUAAUUUUCGUCACCCUUCUGAUCGGAGCCGCCAUGGCUGCUGAUGACAAGACUGCACCAAUCGAGAGUCAGGUCAACGAAGUAGGUCUCGAGGGCAACUUCAAGCAAAGCUGGACCGGAAAUGGCAUCGCCGUCCAGGAACAAGGUACCCUGAAGAAUGUUGGACAAAAGGAUGAGGCUCAGGUUAUCCAGGGUGGAGCCAGCUGGACUGCUCCAGAUGGUACUCCUGUUCAGAUCUCCUGGUCUGCUGAUGAAAAUGGUGCCAACAUCCAAGGAUCCCACGUACCAACUCCACCACCGCCACAGGAAAUUCCAGCUUACAUCCAGAGGGCACUCGAAUGGGCUGCUGCUCAUCCGUACAACGAAGAAGCUGAACUUAAGAAGACCUACUAAACUAACUGAUAUACAACCGGAAGUGACCAGCUUGUGACAGAGAAUCGGAUUUUGUUUCAAUCGUUAAUGGCUAUUGAUGCUAGGCGUGCAGUGAGAUUCCUGAGAUUGCAAGUGGGCAAGAACACAGAGUUUUCUCAGAGAGAGUUAUUUUUUAGUUCAAUUCUGUAAAUAUCUUGCUUUUGAAUAGAAUCGAUAUGCACAGAUAAUGUUUGCUAUAAAAUAAAAUACGUUUUGAUAAGAAA